AUGGCCGGCGCAAACAUUCGAGGCCUCAUGGGCAAGGGCGUCCCGCCGACGCCCACCUUCUUCUCCAUCCUACGCGUCGCCGUCAUGGUGCUGUCGCUGGCUGUGCUCGCCGCCUGCGCUUACAACCUGUCGCUGCUGGGCGGGCAGGCGAGCUAUGCCGGUCCGCCGGGCUUCAUGCUCUUUGUGUCCCUCUUCACUCUCCUCAUCCUGGGCGGCGCCAUGGCCCUCGAGCGCUUCGCGCCGCAGUUCUACUUCCGCCUGGCGCUGCUGAUCGCGUACGGCGUUAACGUGCUCUUCUGGCUUUCUGGGUGGGCGUGGUCGGCGAGCAUCGCGUCGCUAUUCCUGGGGAACACGUGUAUUGGAAGCACGUGCUUUGGGCCCACGACGGAGGAGACGCGGUACGGGGCGAGUAUGGCGGCGGCGGCGGGCGUUGGUGCUGUGAACUGGCAAGUCUUCAUUCUCGCUCUCUUCCGGUUGAGGGCAAUGCUAACGAGCGGCAGGGUCAUGAUGAUUGUCGUCCUCUUCUACUUCGUCAAGGGAUGUCUCGCGGACCCCGACUGCUACGGCAUCUCGACGGGCCACGGCGCUGAGAUGGGAAGCUUGAGUCUCAAGGCGGAGGGGAAGCAGCCUUCUCGGUCGUCGAACUCGGAGUAG